AUGGCUGCCUGUGAUACAUGGCUAUUAAAGUUGGGAUUGAUGAUACCGGAGCGGACCUACAACCACGACCUUGCACAUAUCACCGAAGACCCUGAAAAAAAUGUACUGAUCCUAAAGAUUAUAUAUGGAUCGGUGCUUCCUUAUUAUACGGCCCUAUGGCUGGUUAAAUGCGCUCUGCUGUCGUUUUAUUAUACUAUUAUACCGCCUUCGUUGACAGCACAUAGAAAGGCACUGCAUUUUGUGACGGCGGCGGUGUUGAUUUCUAUGUUUGGGGUUUUGAGCAUUAAUAUCUUCUGGUGUAUGCCGGUUAGCCUCAAUUGGUCAUUGAAUAAGGAAGAUAUUUGCUUCAGUUUCGCAACCAUCCCCGUUUUCAUAAUUUCUACAGCAUGCAACAUUCUCACCGACAUCGCCAUUUUCAUCUUACCUUUCCCACUACUUCGCAAUAUCAAGUUCCAACGUCGGUCACAACUUGUUGGACUAGUCACAAUCUUUACUUUGGGGUGCUUCAGCAUGCUUGCCAGUGUCGUUCGUGUCGCCGUCUUGGCCGAUACUGCUACCCAAACUCAUAUCGCCGUCUGGUCAGCUGUCGAAGUAGCGAUUGGUAUCAUCAUUGCUUCGCUCCCAUCCCUUCGAAUUCUUAUAUGGAAAAACGGAGGACUCGUCAGCGUAUCGAGUUCAUCUGGAUCUAGAGGACAAGCCGAGAGCGGUGUUACAUGCACCGAUAGUAGUCGGCCGGGUGGGGCAUUCGAUUGGAUCUCGCUAGAGGAGAAAGCGGAAUUCGAUACCCUGAGGAGUAAGAAUAGGGAUACAAUCAAAUCUCAGACAACCGUUAUCACAGUCCCCACGGUUGAGGAACUGGAAGAAAUCGUUUCUGAUAACGAGGCGAAUCCGACUAUCCGUUCGAUCCACGAUCUUCAGAGAUACCACGAUACCAUGUUCAACAAAGGGUCUAACGACGCACCCGCCAGGCCUGGACAUGAAUGGACUUUCGAUAAGGUCCAAUGGCGGUAUAGCGAACCUGAACCUGUUACUCCGGUUAUCGAUGUUCAUGGGUUAGGAGUAAUACCGGACGUACCUCCGAUUCCACCGAUUCCACCACUUCCAAUUCGAACUGUACAUACCAGCCGUAGAUCGAGAUGA